AUGGAGGAAAUAAUGAUGGACAUAGACGAGAAUCUAGAUUUGUUUCUUGAUCAACCGAUAACAUUUCCAAAUCGACGAGAUUUACCUAUCUUGGGAAACGCCGACAUAAUGCAACCAGGUUUGCAACAACUUCAACCAGAUAGAAGUUCAUGUAACGAUAUAUCGUGUAAUAUUUUUCAGUCUGUUGAGCCCUAUUCGACAUUUCAAUGUAGCUCUUCUGAUGCACACUCGUGUGAAUAUACAUGGUCUAGCUCGGACUACCAAUUUAACAAAUAUAUAUAUGAAGCAACAUUCUCAAGCACAACUUUACCUCUUCCAGGGACCAAACAAAGUCGUAACCUACCUCUUGUUGAGCGUCUUGGCGUAGUCGACUCUUCUUCCCAAAUCUGCUCCUCAUUUUUGUCAGGUAAUCUUAAAUCUGGUCUUUUGAAUUUGGCUACCACCAGUAGUGAAGGGUGUGGACCUUAUUUAAAUAACAGUGUUAGUGAAGCAGAUUACCAUGGUCCCCAUCCUUAUCGACCAUCGCUUCCUGUGUCUCACAAGCGCUACUUCCUACAUCAACCCAGAGUUGCUGGUCAACACCAAAGCAGCAACCAUUCUGUUGGCAUGGAAUCAAAAUAUGGAUUAACUACAGGUUCAAUACACACAAAAGGUCACGUGGCUGAACCCAUACAAUCGUUUGGUUAUUGUGUAGAAUCGAAUAAAGAAAAAGGCGAUCAUACAAACAAAUCUGCUCUUUUAAAUGCCUUACUGCGUGGUAGUAGCAUUAGUCAAAAUUCGAACUCGCCCAGUGAUUGCAUGGACACUAGUGCAUUUCAGGAAACUUCAAAGUGUUCAUCUCCCUUACUUUGUAAUGCUUUAAGCAAUUCAGGAAAGUGCUUUGAUAGUUCACCCAACAAACAUCUAAUCCACCUCAACGAUUCAUCAAAUAAGUCAGUUCAGGCCAAAAAAGGCUCCAAUCUUCUUACAAAUACAAAAGGAUUCUCAGAUUCUUACACUCAUUCUGGUUAUUCAUACAAUGAUAAUUCAUCUAUUACUUCGAUAAACACAGUACAGAAUGUUGACAUCCCCAGGAUUAAUUCACUGAAUGUUGCGGAUAAUAUAUCAGUUCCAGUGGCUAACUAUGGGGGAUCUAGUGACUGUUCCGUAACUCAGAAUCAUGAGCCCGAUUUGUCUGUUUUGACACCAACUGUAUCUCGAGCUGAUGGUUCAUCUUUUCUAAUCUCUCAUAAUCUUUUGGUAAAAAAUUGCAGAACGGAACCCAUUAGCUUUGGUGUUAAUGACCUUUUAAUGCGAAGUUCCAAUAAAUACUUCAAUAACACUGAAGUGAUUUCUCAACAAAGCUCAGUGGAUUUACAUAAGUCUCUUGGUCUACCGUUAGAACGAAAAAAUUCAAACGUACAAACUUUGGAUCCAAAGGGCUCUGCCUUAGACAGUACGCAGGGAAACCCAAAUUAUUUGGUUAAUGUCAGCACUGUUCCUUCUCAGAAUUCACAAAACUCCACCCUUAUUUUCAAAGGAAAUAAUGGGCUUUCUACACAAAUCCAUGGAAAUCUUUCUGUUUCAUCAAAUACAGGUUUUAAUUUCUCCAGUCGUAAUUCUGGUUCGUGCACAAUCCCUAUUAGUUCUCUUUCAGAAUCGAACAUGUUUGCUCUACCAAGUAGUGUGAUUAGGAAUGCAUACACAGAAGAUUCUAAUUCUGAGCUGGAAACUUUGGUACCUGGAAGUUGGACUGAACCACAGAUUUUUCCACAUGUAACCAAUAUUACACUAAAUGAUAUGGAUCAACUUCCUAAAGCAUCACUCACAAGUGAUAAAUGUUUAAACGUAUCUAAGAUUAUCGAAAGUAAUCCAUCAAUGCUCGGACGUUCCAGUUCAGCUGGGAAUUUAUUCUCACUUCAACAUAAUCAAAUUCCUAGUUGUUCGGUACAGGGUUCAGCAACUACUACAUCGAGUUUUGGAAGUACAGAAAUUUUAUCUCCAAUGUUUUCUAACCAUAAAGGAUUUUUGUAUGCUACUUCACCAUCGUGUUCUCCACCUUCGAUUUCGGAACAAAAUGAUCAAGCUAAACAUAUUCUAGGUAAUUCCUCUGAAGAACGACGACGCCAAUCUAUGCAAUCUGGUUUACAAACUCUACGACAACUGUUGAAAUUGCAUUCCAAUUUAGAUAAUAUUGGCGGUAGUAAUCGUCUGGCAGCUCGCAGGCAUCUAAGCAAUUUAGAAAUGCCUGCUAUAUCUGGCACUUAUUCAUUUGGGGAUACAGAUAUGCCUAGUGAAAUGCUUAGUGUUGGGUUACGUCCAUCAAAUGGGUUAGAUUUUACAUCUGAUGAACAAAUGAUAUCUUCAGGAACCGAAGUUGGUGGUACUGCUCGAGCAUCUAAAGCUGCAACGCUAAGAAGUGCUGCAGAGCUAAUACGAAAAUUAAGAGAUGAGCGAAAUGUAUUGGAGACACAGUGUACAAAUCUUAAGGGGGAAGUAAAAGCUUUGAAAAGUGCAAUUAACCUUUUUUGUGAAAAAUUGCCUCCAUCCAAUUCAUCAUCUACAAGGUCAAUAUCAGAUCAAAAUUUAAAUUCUUACUAUUCUGAAUGGUUUCGUGCAUAUGUGCUGAAACAAACUGAAGUUAAUUGGAAAUUUUAUAUAUUUAGUUUAAUAAUUGGUAGAAUUUUCAAGUCUUAUUGUAAUACAACAAUUUCAAGUUCACGUGAUCAGUUUAUCCGAUCUGUAUAUGGUUGGUUAGAUGCCAGUUGUUCCCUGGUACAACUAAGACCUGCUGUAAUGCAAGCUUUAUGCACUCUUGGGAAAACAACAUCUGUCUUACAAGAACCAAACAAAUUACCUGAACAAUCUAGAUCAUUGUCUAUCACGAAUUUACUUUGA